CCUGCCUGCAAUCCCAUUGUCAGUUUGCCUUUGCUGGUGUAGGGAAAACCUGUCUGUGAGAUCCUGUGUCAUCUCUCUGCAUGUGGACAGGAAAAGUCACUGCUGCUCUGGACUCCUAGACUCUUCCUCUGUUCAUUCAGCUCCCACACAGCGACUGAAGCACACAUUCCAGGAUUAGUUUCUUCAACCGGUCGGAGGCAGCAGCAGCGCUCCAUAGGAAACGAAUGUCUCUUUAAGCUCAUCCACUGCAGCUCCUGUUCGUUUCUUCCUCUCCAUACAACAGUUGUGCCUCAGUAUUGCCCAGUGCCUGCUUCAUUAUUUCUCCAGAAAGCUCUGGAGUUACCUGUUUUUUUUUUGUUUUUUGUUUUUUUUCCCCAUCCCUUGUGCUUGUUCCACAAGACCAGAUGAUCAUGAUGAUGUCCACAUUGCCUGUUUGUUUUCAAUGAAAAAUCUAAACUAAGUCACCUGUUACCUCCAGUCCACUGCUCACUAAGAGACUUUACAGACUGCAGCAGGAAGAGAGCAGGCACUCUGCUGCCCAGGGAACCCCAGGAUCUGUUUGCUCCACAGCAUGGGCUCUUUUACUGGGAUAGCAUUGCUUUUCUUGGGAGUAUCAAUAGCAACCAAGGGGAUCUGUCACAAUGUCAAAAAUAACGUGCCAAGGCUCAAAUUAUCAUACAAAGAAAUGGUGGAUACCAACAAUUUAAUGACAUUCAACGGCUUGACCAACAGUUCAAGUUACCAUACGUUUGUAUUAGAUGAGGAGCGGGGAAGACUAUACGUUGGAGCUAAGGAUCACAUAUUUUCAUUUAACUUGGCUAACAUCAAAGAAUUUCAAAAGAUUGUCUGGCCUGUAACUAACACCCGGAGGGACGAGUGCAAGUGGGCUGGAAAAGAUAUUGUGAAGGAAUGUGCCAAUUUCAUCAAAGUUCUGAAAGCCUACAAUCACACUCACUUGUACGCUUGUGGUACUGGAGCAUUUCAUCCUGUCUGUACCUAUAUUGAUAUUGGCCAGUACCCAGAGCAGGAUAACAUAUUUAAACUUGAGGACAACCAUUUUGAGAAUGGCAGAGGGAAGAGUCCAUACGAUCCCAAGCUGUUAACUGCCUCCAUCCUUAUAGAUGGGGAGCUGUAUUCUGGAACUGCAGCAGAUUUUAUGGGAAGAGAUUUUGCCAUUUUCCGCACGCUUGGAAAUCAUCAUCCAAUUAGGACAGAACAGCAUGACUCCAGAUGGUUAAAUGAUCCAAGAUUUAUUGGUGCAUAUCUUGUACCAGAAAGCGACAAUCCAGAGGAUGAUAAAGUUUAUUUUUUCUUUCGUGAAAAUGCAAUAGAUGGAGAACACCCUGGAAAAGCCACACAUGCACGAAUAGGACAACUCUGUAAGAAUGACUUUGGUGGACACAGAAGUCUUGUUAACAAAUGGACUACAUUCUUGAAAGCGCGACUGAUUUGUUCUGUGCCUGGUCCUAAUGGGAUAGACACACAUUUUGAUGAAUUACAAGAUGUAUAUUUAAUGAACUCAAAAGAUCCAAAGAAUCCAGUAAUCUAUGCUGUAUUCACAACUUCAAGUAAUGUAUUCAAAGGGUCAGCUGUAUGUAUGUACAGUUUGUCGGAUAUUCGAAGAGUUUUCUUGGGUCCUUAUGCUCAUAGAGAUGGGCCAAGUUAUCAAUGGGUACCGUAUCAAGGAAGAGUUCCUUACCCUCGACCAGGAACUUGUCCAAGUAAAACAUUUGGCGGGUUUGAUUCCACGAAGGAUCUUCCAGACGAAGUUAUAAUGUUUGCCAGAAGUCACCCUGCAAUGUAUCACCCAGUUUUUCCUAUCAACAACAGACCAAUAAUAAUUAAGACUGAAGUGGAUUAUCAGUUUUCUCAAAUAGUAGUUGAUCGAGUAGAAGCAGAAGACGGCCAGUAUGAUGUCAUGUUUAUUGGAACAGAUAUGGGAACCAUUUUGAAAGUAGUUUCUGUUCCAAAGGAGACGUGGCAUGAUUUAGAGGAAGUCCUGCUUGAAGAAAUGACUGUAUUUAAGGAGCCAACGACUAUUUCUGCCAUGGAGAUUUCCACAAAGCAACAACAAUUGUACAUUGGCUCCUCUGUAGGAGUUUCCCAGCUGCCAUUGCACCGCUGUGAUGUUUAUGGAAAAGCAUGUGCUGAAUGUUGUCUUGCCAGAGAUCCCUACUGUGCCUGGGAUGGAUCUUCAUGCUCUCGUUACUUUCCUACUGCUAAAAGGCGUACAAGGCGUCAGGAUAUCCGGAAUGGGGAUCCUCUAACUCACUGCUCAGAUCUCCAGCAUAAUGAUGAUCCACACAGACAGAAUCUGGAAGAAAAGAUAAUCUAUGGAGUUGAGAACAGUAGCACAUUCCUGGAAUGCAGCCCUAAAUCACAGCGUGCCCUGGUCUUCUGGCAGUUCCAGAAACAGAAUGAAGAGAAGAAGGAAGAGAUAAAAGUGGACGAUCGUUCCAUAAAGACAGAACAUGGUCUUCUGCUUCGUGUCCUCAAGAAAAAAGAUUCUGGAGUCUAUUAUUGCAAUGCAGUAGAACAUGGUUUUGUACAAACCUUGCUUAAAGUAACUCUGGAAAUCAUUGAUACGGAACAACUAGAUGAGCUUCUUCAUAAAGAUGAUGAUGGAGAUAACCAUAAGCACAAAGAACCAUCAAAUAGUAUGUCGCCAACUCAGAAAAUUUGGUAUAGAGAUUUUAUGCAGUUAAUUAACCACCCAAAUCUCAACACAAUGGAUGAGUUCUGUGAGCAAGUAUGGAAGAGAGAUCGCAAGCAACGUCGCCAAAAAAAUGCUAAUGCCCAAGCCAAUCCUAACAAAUGGAAGCACCUACAGGAAAAUAAGAAAGGCAGAAACAGGAGGACCCAUGAAUUUGAAAGGGCACCAAGAAGUGUCUGAUUUGCAUUACCUCUUCAAACUUCAUCCGAGUAGGAUUUGUAUAGACAUUUAACUGGAAAAAUGCAAUAUUCAUGAAGUUUUUCAUGGCAUUAUUUGGAUGUUUACAAAGUGGAAAGCUCACCCAAUUUUCCGCCAAGUCUAAAUAAAAUACAUUAGUAACUUUCCAAAUAGACUUAGACUACAUAGUCAACAUUUAAGAUUUUAAAGACAAUGUGACUAAAGUUAUUUUUCCCAUUUUUGAAGCAAUUGUCAUUAGAUUGUUGUUUUUCAUACUUCCUUCCCUUCCCAAGAAGAAACUAUUCAUUUAAGACCCAGCCAUUGAAAUGAGAAAGGCCUUUUUGUCAGUAAUUCUAACCAUCCGGAACUAGACACAAUGUUGUAUAUUCUUUUUCUGAUGACAACACCAUAACUUAAGAUCGGAUCCAUGAUUUUUAUUUUCUUUCUAACUUCCGUGUGCUUUUUGUUUUUUUCAUUCAAGUUUAGGACUGUUCAUGGGAAUAUACAAAAUGCAGUCCAUUAACUGCACCAAUAAAUUGUUCACUAUCCGAUAAGCAAGUGGAGUUACUGAUCUACUACUGAUGUCUCCUUCCAGCUUGAUCUGAAUUUUUAUUUGCUUACCUCUAAUUUAAAUGUAUCAUAGUAAAUUUGCAGUUAAUGAUAGUUUCUUUUUUUUUUUUUACAACUAUAGCAUAGACAUUGUUUUGAAGGUAUUUUUCUUUGUAAUUAUUAUGUUUAAUUUUUCUUCUUCUGUUUGAAAAUUAUUGCACCACGUAACACAGUGAAUACACAGUGAAAAUGUAUAAUUUGUUAUUUAUCUAUGGGGAUAAUAUGAAAUAACAUCUGUAAUAAAGUAUAACAUUCCCUAACUGAAAAACAUAUUUCAUUCUAUUAUGUUUGGACAUAUUCUGAAUAAAGUGAAAAUGUUUUGGAUCCAAUGAGUAAUGGGCAAACCAUUUAUAUAUGUCAAUCUAAGGCACAAGAAACCUUUUACCACUUAUACUGUGUUAACACACACACACACACACACUUUUUAAGAUCUUUUUCUAAGACCCUAAAUCUCAUAUUUCUAGAUUCUGUUUAAUUUAUUAAGGGUUUAUGGUAUAUGGUCAAAAUGUCCUCAGAUAUAGUCAGAAAGUGAUCUACAAAUCUGCAAGAAAAGGUAAUCGAUUGAUGAAAAAAGUGGGUGGAAAGUGUUAAUUAAGCGUUGACAAUUCCCUGUACAUCCACAAUGCAAAUAUAUGUUUUAUUUUAAAAUGAGACAAUAUGCAUAAGUUCUUAAAUAUGAGAUGUACAUCUCGGCAGAAGCUCCUAUACACCGACAUUUGCACAGUGUAUUUUAAACGUCGUACUAAUUUUCCACAGCAAAAAUUACGGAGCUCAUAUUUGGGUAUUUACAUUUUUACUAUUCACAAACUAAGGCAGGGGAAAAGUAUUUUUUAGACUAUUUCAAAAGCAAAAUAAAUAAAUAUAUAAAUAUAUAUAUUUUCAAAGACCCCUUAUGCCUCAAUAAUUAUACUUAUUUUUGUUUGAUUUUGCCUGCACUAAUUUUAUUGCAUGUAGAUUUAUAUUCAAGCUGUACAAAAUGACUGAACAAUUAAUGAGGGUUCACUUUUCCCUCUUAAUAAAUAGAAUCUGAUUUGAAAAUAUAACAUUUACUUAAGUGUGGUGUGCAGUUAGCAGAAACUUCUAGAUUAAAUAUUUAAAAUGUUUUGUAUGAUUUUGUCAUAUAUAUUUUAGUCACUUUGAUUUCUGUUACUUUUUUCUUACUCAUAUGUACUAAGUUCAUGAAUUUGUAGUAGUUUGCGUUCGUGUAUUGCUUACUUGAUCAUUUUCUAAUACCACUUAUUAAGCUAUUAUUUUUAACAUAGCUCAGACUGCUUGUUUUAGUAGGAUGUUUGAUAGCUCUAAUUAGUAUUUCUGCUUUAAUAAAUCCCAAAAUUGCACAUCACACCUGUCAAACAUGCUCCACAGAUCAGCAUCCCUAAGCCAUGCAUUUUGGAGAAUGUGAUCAUACUAAUAGGCCAGAUAAUAUCCCUGAAAUCAAUCCUACCUCUGUGUGCUAACGGAAAAAAAUUCUACAGAAAUAAUCUGUUUAAACUAAAAACAAAACAAAAAAAUAAUAAAAUAACUAAAGUAUCAUUUUUACAUUGUCUUAUAUUUUUAGGAAAACGACGUAUUAACUUUCAAGUACAUUACAUAAAUUACUUAGUUCCGAAAAUGCGAACACAAAGGGUUUUAUUUAAUUUAAUGUAGGCCAAGUGAACACGAGGAAUAGCCAUAAAUGUAUAGUUAGCUUUGGUGUCCAGUACUCAAAUUCAUAAAGUACCGCAGCCCUCAACAAUUCAAUAUAGGAAACUGUAGACAAGCAGCACGAGACACCUUUCAUAUAUUGCAAAUUUCUUUCAUGUACAAUCAUACAUGAUUUAUAUUAACUAGGUCAAAAUAUUGUAUGUUGUGGUAUCCCUUCCCAAAUUAAAGAAGUUUGCAAUAUAUAUGCAAUAUGUAUUUCGUCACCUUUUCACAGUAUACUAGUUCUUUAAAAAAAAUAUCACUUUUAUUAUACAACAAAAAAAGGCCAAGCUAAUGUGAUAUCUUUGCUUCUGAGCUCAGUUUGAGACAACCUGUUGAUAACUGAGUUCUCAUUAUUAAAGUCC